AUGAUUAUAGCCAAUAUAGAUGAGGAUAGGGAAGCCACAAUGAGUGAUGAAGAAUCCGAACCUAGUGAGGAGGAUUACCUAGACGUGCCUGAGUUGGAGGAUUGUGAUGAUGUGCAAUUGGGUGAGGAGUUUGUGAUUCACACGGAUCAUGAAGCAUUGAAGCACUUGAAGGGACAUAACAAGUUGGAUAAACGCCAUGCUAAGUGGAGGGAAUUCAUCGAGGCGUUUCCCUAUGUCAUUAAGUACAAGCAACAAUAUGAUAACAAUGCUCAUCUAGAAGUCUCUAUAAGGGAUUUGGAAUCAACAAAGCAAAAGCCCAAUGAGUCUUUUUCUGACUUCUUGGCUAGAUGGAGAAAUAAAGCAGUUUUAAUGAAAAGGAUAGCUCGAAUGAAGAAUGUACUAUUAAGGGUUAUUUCUAUUGUAAAAGAUCUUUUAAAAAAUAAUUUGGCAUUUCAUGGUACAAAUGAGAAGAUUUAUCAAAAAAAUAAGGGAAAUUUUUUGAGCUUAAUUGAGAUGAUUGUUGAAUUUGAUGCAGUUAUGCGAGAACACCUUAGAUGUAUUCAAAAUGGAGAAAUUCAUAGGCAUUAUCUUGUAACACUUAAGCCAUUAUCAUAUACACAUUGGGAAAGUCGUAUUAUAAAUAUUAAAGCAAUAAAAGUCCAAGCUUCACAAAUAAGACAUGUUUUAUUCAAUUAG